AUGCGUGCACACCACCUUGUUCUCGUCAACUUUUUUGUACUCUUUGCACACAGCCAGUACCACUAUGAUCUGAUCAACGGCACGUGUCGCGGCAAAAUCGCCGGCGAUUGCGAUCCCUAUGAAUGCGCAGGCGGGUGCGAGGCGAAAUACGCCAGGUUUUAUGAUCCGAACUACGGACGCGAUCGCACCUACACGACAUGCUUUUGUCAGCAGGAGCGACUAUGCUCGGUGCUCGGAAUGCACGCAUUCAGCGCAAAUUAUAGAUACUGGAGUAUGGAUGCCGUUGAGAAGAAGAAUCGCAAUUCCAAUGAUGUGCGUUUGAGAUACUCCGACAAAACUCGUCAUUUGCAACUUCUCAACGGAAAUUCGCGCUUCUGUUGUCGUCAGACAAUUCAAAAACGCUACGCUCUUCAACUGAAAUCGCAACAAUCCGCUGGAAUCCAGCCAACAUUGCAUAUUAUCACCGCAGUUGUCUUCGCAUAUUUCCUUUACUAG